GGAGUCCGGGGCCGAGUCGCGCCGCCUUAGCUGCAGCCGCCGCUGCCGCUGCCGCCAGUGCCGAGACCCCGGCCUGGCGGGGCUGCGCUGGGAGUGCGUACGGGCAGGCGGGGGCGCUGACGAGAAGCAGGAAGCGGUGGCCACGCGGGCGUGGGCGGCUGGUCGAGGUGGAGGCGCUGGGAGGCGGCGGCCGGUCGCGUGGGGUGGCCCUCCUCGCUCAGAAAUAUGGAUCCAAGCCUGUUGAGAGAACGAGAGCUGUUCAAAAAACGAGCUCUUUCCACUCCUGUAGUAGAAAAACGUUCAGUAUCUUCUGAGUCAUCAUCAUCAUCAUCAAAGAAGAAGAAAGCAAAGCUAGAACAUGGAGGAUCAUCAGGCUCUAAACAAAAUUCUGAUCAUAGCAAUGGAUCAUUUAACUUGAAAGCUCUGUCAGGAAGCUCUGGGUAUAAGUUUGGCGUUCUUGCUAAGAUUGUGAAUUACAUGAAGACACGGCAUCAGCGAGGAGAUACACAUCCUCUCACUUUAGAAGAAAUUUUGGAUGAAACACAACAUUUAGAUAUAGGACUCAAGCAGAAACAAUGGCUAAUGACUGAGGCAUUAGUCAAUAAUCCGAAAAUUGAAGUGAUAGAUGGGAAGUAUGCCUUCAAGCCCAAAUACAACUUGAAAGAUAAGAAAGCCCUACUUAGGCUGUUAGAUAAGCAUGACCAGCGAGGCUUAGGAGGAAUUCUUUUAGAAGACAUAGAGGAAGGACUACCCAAUUCCCAGAAAGCUAUCAAGGCUUUGGGGGACCAGAUACUAUUUGUAAAUCGUCCUGAUAAAAAGAAAAUUCUUUUCUUCAAUGAUAAGAGCUGUCAGUUUUCUGUGGAUGAAGAGUUUCAGAAACUUUGGAGGAGUGUCACCGUAGAUUCAAUGGAUGAGGAGAAAAUUGAAGAAUAUCUGAAGCGACAGGGUAUUUCUUCCAUGCAGGAAUCUGGACCAAAGAAAGUGGCCCCUAUUCAGAGAAGGAAAAAACCUGCUUCACAGAAAAAGCGACGGUUUAAGACCCACAAUGAACAUCUGGCUGGAGUGCUGAAGGACUACUCGGACAUUGCUCCUAGCAAAUAGCCAACAGUUUUAUUUGUGAGCAAAGAGUUCAGUACCAUGUCAAGGUCUUUCUUGUUGAUGCUGGGCUCUGAAGACUGUCUUCCCAUUCUAUUUCUUAGGACUGAGGAGAGGAGCAGUUCAGUUUACAGAACAAGAGCAAAUUACCAAACUCCAAGCGUAUUUUAAUUGAAUGGGCUAAUGUGAUAUUCCCUGUUAACCUUCUGUUACUUCCAGGGAAAGGCGCUUAGCAUGGCAUGCAAGUGUCUUUGCUACUUAUCUCUCUUUCUAAGUGGUUCCUGGUUCCAUUUUUCUUCCUUUAGAACAAGUUUGCAGAUAGUCUUGAAUGCAAUUUUGUUUGUUCCAAAAGGACAUAUUUAUAAUAAAAUCACUGUAGAAGGAACUCGAAGAUGUUCGUGGAUUCAGUUUGUAUUCUUUCUGUUCUUGGCAGUGGCAGACGGCAGCUCCGGCCUUUCACUCCCACAGGAUGCCUGUUUGGGACCUUGUCGGACGCUGUCAUCUGUG